AUGGAUAGCCUGACUCCCGAAGAACAGGAGCAGGCAAAAACCAAUUAUGAGUUGGCGUCGCAGUCUAAGUACUAUGAGAUGGCCUGCCUGGCUUAUAAUAAACACGUCUAUGAUGCUAUGAAGCUUGACCGCCGAUUGUGGGAGCCCUUUGUAUGUGGUCAGCUGGGGUUUCACGGUAGUUUGGUGCCAAUACGCGAAUGUUUGAUUCAACUAUCCAAGGACUGGUCAUUGCUGGAUCUCCAUGGCGAUUGUCCCUUCCAGAUCACCGAAAAUGAGCGAACGACCCAUGAGAAACAAAAGUCAAAAUAUGAGGACACCCUCUACCUCUGGGACCUCGUGAAGAGCCAGCUGCACACUGAUAACUCCGGCUGGGUCCCGCAUUCCAGAUGGGAGAUAACUGCCCAGGCGAACAAGGAGCUGUUCGAGAUGUACCUCGAAACUAUGAGCGAAGAGCUCACCCCUGAAGCAGCGAGGAGGACAUGGCCGUUCCCACCUCCACAGGACUGA